CCACACAAGAGGCAUAGUGAACGUGAGAUAUAAAUGAAAUAUUUCUCGCUUUCUACGCUGCCCAUGGGAGUAUUGGCAUAGACUUCUUGUCUGAACUUUACUUUGCCUACUUGAAGUGUGUUUGAGACGUAUUUGCCGAAGCCAUGGACUCGGCUCAGCAGUUGCUCCGGUCGCAGAGGGACUUGCUGCUGAAGUGGACUGUGGACCACCCGGCGCCCUUGCUGCGUUGGCUGCGUGAUGCCGAGGUGCUGUCCUCGGCCGACUACCUGUCCCUGCUGGAGAGGACGCCUUCCAACGCCGUGGCCAUGGCUCUGGAGAUGGUGUGUGCCGCCGAGGAGAGCUGCCUUAAGUUUCUGCAGGUGCUGAGGGAGGUGCAGGAUUAUUACUGCAGCGAUCUGCAGGUCUGGGUGGAGAGACACUGCACGGACAAUCACACGAGCAAGCCACUCGCACCUGCGGAAGCCGAAGUGAAGAAGUCUAAAGGCCCCAUUGCUAAACUGUUCAAAAGCAAGAGGAAGGGAUUCAACGUGACUACUGAGGUUCAAGCUGAAGAAGAACCAAAACCUCGGAGGAGUGUGAAGCUGACCAGCAUCCGAGUUCCCAUUGCUGCCCAUAAAAAAACCCUCUUGACGCGCACAGAGCAGUUAAAGUGCUACUCGGAGGGCGACGCCGUGGCUUCAAACUCGGCUUCUCACAUCGAGAUCCGCUACACUGACCUCUUCGUGACGGAAGAUGACGAGUCGGUCGACAGCAGCCAGCACGAGUACUUCGACCUGGCGAGCAGGCGAGCCCGCAUCUAUGUCCACCAGGCUUGCCAGCGCAUCCGGCCGUGCCAUCUGCUGAGCCCCCGAGGGACAUCGGGUCGCCCCCCCAAACGGGUAAAAGUGAAGGGCAUCGCCGGCAUCGGAAAGAGCGCGGCGGUGCAGAGACUCGUCUACGAGUGGGCAGUCGGGAAGAAUAUGCGAGAAUUCACCUGCGUAUUUGACCUGCGCUUCAGAGAGCUCAAUCUGAUCGAAGCACCGCUGAGCUUAUUGGAGCUGCUGGGAGAACGGUUCCGGUACCUAAAAGCAGUCCUGCCGGACCUUUUCACGACGCCGAGCUCUUUGCUCUUCAUCUUAGAUGGAUUGGAUGAGUUCAAAUCCCCUUUGGACUGGGGCGGUCCCGACAGAGACAUCGACGUCGGUUCGAAGGCGCAGGUGUCCGAGUUGAUGGUGGCUUUGAUCAAAGGAAGCCUCCUGCCAGAGGCAUCGGUCAUUCUGACCACGAGACCGACCACUGAAGCUCCCAAGCGUUUCUUCCAGAGGUGUUGUGUGGUGCUGGGCUUCGAGGAGGACCAGGUGAAGGAAUACACCCUCAAGUUCUACAAAGACGGAGGAGUUGCCGAAAAAGUCUACAAUUACAUCUUGAACAAUGACAACCUUUUUGUGCUGUCCUUCAUCCCCCUUUAUUGCUACAUCAUCUGUACCGCCAUGGCUGAGUACUUCUCUCCGGGGCAUCGAGAUGUCGGGGACGCAAAGUCCCUGGAAUUAAACCCGCCCAAAACCGUCAGCGAGGUGUAUUUCUGCUACCUGUUCACGGCGGUGAAGCACCACGCGCUGAGAGGAUCUGCGGAGAGGUGCACCCCGAGAUCUGGGGUUCUCUCACUGGCGAAGCAGCGUCUGACUGCCCUGGGGAAACUGGCUUACGAAAACCUUCUCCAGAAGAAGAUCAUGUUCAGCAGAGCAGAUCUGGAGAGUUUCGGUGUUACGGCUGCUGAUCUCCAGAGCACCUUCCUCUGCCACAUCCUCCUGCCUCUCAGAGAGGAGUCGGUGGACAUGUUUUCUUUCUUCCACCUGACAGUUCAAGAACAUCUGGCUGCGCUCUACUGCGCUGUUAAUCUCUUCAGCCAGGAGGACAUAAUCCAAGCUCUGGACCUCUGGUGCUUUGGGCUACCGGCGCCCUCCUCCACGGCCGCACCGCUUCAAAACACAGAACUCCACAAGGACAAGCUGCAGAGCCUCCAGAUGUUCACGCGCUUCUUCAUGGGCCUGAUCCGAGCUCGGCUGGCCGGUCAGUUGGACGGCCUGGUGGAUCGCCCCAUGGAGCGAGAGAGUCACAUCCCCGCCGGGUUGGGUUUGUGGUUCCGAGACCAGUUUAAGGGAGGAGAGCUCACGAACCGGGCAGCCCUCAACCUCUUCCACUGCCUGAUGGAGUUCCAGACGAAGGAAGCCACCAGCUUGGCGGCGCCGGAGAUCAGGAACAUCAACCUGUUUAAAAUGAAGCUGAGUGCUGUGGACUGCGCCGCCGUGCACUACGUGCUGCAGUUCUCGCCCCACAAGCUGCGGGAGCUCAACUUGGGCUACUCCAACAUCGGUAACAGGGGACUAAACAGACUGGGGCCGAUCCUACACCGAUGUGAAUCUCUCUAUUUGAGAUAUAACUGCCUGGACAAGCGAGCGGCUAUUUUAGAAGCAGCGAUUCUGAAGUCGAGCGAGUGCCAAGUUAAGAAGCUGUUUAUGUGCGGAAACAGCCUGGGUCCAGAGGGCGUCUUGGAGUUGUGGAACGCUCUGGUGCACAACUCCACCGUGGAGGAACUCUAUCUGGACAUCACCGGCAUCACAGAGCGGGGAACGGAAAACAUCGUCACCUGCCUCGGCGGGAACACCUCUCUGAAGAUCCUGACAGUCGUCGGUAAUGACAUCGGCGAGGUGGGGAGGAGGAGGCUGAGGGAGCUGGAGCAACGACGACCGGGCCUACGAAUCAUUGCAAACUUUGUGGACGACCUGGGGUUGCUUCAGGCGUACCUGGACUGGGUGGAGGAGAUCAGGGCCGACAGCGACCAGAUGGACUCGGUGAAGAACGCAGAUGCCCUGCAGUCAGUACUGAAGGGGCUCCAGGUGGCGGGAGAAGACGUGGAGAACAGGCAGAACGCGGAGAAAGCAAAGGAGCUCCGGGCAAAUAUUGAAGCGUUGCUGAGGUCUUCCGGGAAUGUGAUUAAAGGAGGACGGGUCAAGUAGCAGAUUGAGGGUCAGGGUGGAGGGGCAGAAGCUUUCAUAUCCUCCAUCAUGAGUCAUAUAAAACGAUAAAAUUAUCUGCUUGUGUUUUCAUAACUUUUCUGAGAGUUGCUUACAAAUAAUGAUUUGGAACCAAUGACAUUUUUCAGAAUUUUAAUUUUUUGUGGUCUCGGAGUCACAAUUAAUAGCUUAUCGUGACUGAUGAUUCUUGUCAAACGCGUUUUUUGUAGCUGAGGACUGCUAAGGACUGAAGAUAAAAACGUGUGUUUGUGAAUCCGUAUCAUCAUUCAUCUCCCAGAUC